ACAUUAAUAAUCAUCUCCUUGAACACAAUUUCUCCUCCAACAAAUCUCUCUGUUCUCAUUUACUCUCUCAAAAUUCGUGCACGCUAGUCACCGAGCGUGAUUCAGCUUUUUCCCUUCUGUUUCUUCGCUUUCUCUGACAAUCAUAACGGAAAAUGAGAAAUCAAAGCGCGUUUCUAUGAACCCAAAUGACAUCACAAUCACCGGCAUCACACUGUUUAAUGCAGUACCACGAUUCUCCGCACCCUAAGCAUUAACGUCAAAUAUAAAAUAAAGCUGCACAAGCACAAAACCUUCCACUUCGUAUUCCCCAAAACCGUAACUGUACGCGAUACACUCCUAGAAAUCUGUCUCUUUUUCGGGUCUAAAUCAAAAUUUGAUCAAAGAGAAUGGGAAAAACAUCAAGCAGAGAGUGGACACGGAUCUACCUCAUCUACGGAAUGGAUCAGUGGCAAACCUUCGUCUUCCUUCUAUGUCAAGCGGUUCUCUUCUCAGUUCUCUCAAUACUUUACCUUCUCUACUUCAAUGACAUCUCUCACACUUUCCAAAGCCUUCUCUCCAUCGCCUCCGUGCCCUGCAGCGCCGCCCGCUUCGCCGCCGGGUUUAUGGGCUCCGUCACGGCGCUCUCCGCGCUGUGCCUCUUCUACGCGGCGGCGAAUUUCUUCUACUCGGCAGUGCCGCUCCAUUCUGAGAUGGCACAGCACAUCGUGGACACAGUCAAUGACUGGCCGACGGUGCGACAGGUGCUCGAUCUCGGCUGCUGCGGUCGCGGCAUUCUGCUGAAUGCCGUGGCCGCCCGUCUUAAAAAGGAAGGAAGUUCGGGUCGGGUGAUCGGGUUAAGCGGCCAGAACAAGACAGAAUUAGCGGCCACGCUUCGGGCUGCUAAGGUGGAGGGUGUGGAGGAAUACGUAACGUGCCGGACAGGUGAUGCCACGACGUUGCCGUUUUUAGACGACAGCUUCGAUGCUGUUGUGUCCGGUACGUUCGUGCACACCGUGGGAUGGGGGCACGCUGCCGAUGUGGCGGCAGCGGAGAGGGGGAGGGUGGUGGCGGAGGUGGUGAGGGUGUUGAAGGAGGGUGGGGUUGGGGUUGUGUGGGACCUUGUGCACGUGCCAGAGUACGUGCGACGGUUACAAGAGAUGAAGAUGGAAGACAUUAGAAUGAGCGAGCGUGUGACGGCGUUCAUGGUUAGCAGCCACGUCGUGUCCUUCAGGAAGCCCACUCACCACGUGCAUGGCCCACCAGAGGUCAGGUUGGAUUGGAGAUUCUGCUGACGUGGAUUUUUUACAAACAGAUUAUUACAGUAUCUAUAGAGAGUGAUACAUACUAAACCAUUUUGUACUUUUGUCUAAAUGUUUUUCAUUUUUUUUGUUUUGACUAUGAUGUUAUGAAGAAAAACAGUGCUUGGCUGGGAGGCAAAGUCGAACCAUGCAAAUUGCAAAUGAGUGAAGUUAGCUAUAGUUUAUUGUAUAUGUUGUUUAAUACGUGUAUUUGUUUUUUUUAAUAAGCCACAAGUUGAGUUAAUACGCGUA